CAGAUUGAUUGAUGCCAGAUGCCCAGGAAUCGAGAUGCAGUGGGGUCAGCAGAGGCUUUUCAUCAUUUGCAAGAAGUCAAAUGCGACGCGUGAAAACACGCCAGUACACGACGUUGUCUCACUCUGUCGCGCUACGUGGGCAAGGCUGUGUGGUGGAUCCCUCAGCCCCGGUGCAAACCGUUCGGGAGGACGUCUGGUGUACAUUAGCUGAGGGACAGCGGCCGUUGGGCCGCCUGAGCCAUGACGCUCGUGCAUGUGGUGCAUGCACCGUGACGUGAAUCCCUGCACCAGCCACGAAGGGUCGGGAGGUGCUCACGGUGUCAUGAGCAUGCGCGCGCAGCAGAUUGAUAGAGGAGGAAAGAAGUCUGCAAUAAAGCGUCUAUAUGUCAGUGGGCGCUGGCGCGUAGGCCGACCGUAUGCACCAUACACUCUCCAGGAGACCUCUCAUGCGUGCUGCAGGAGAUCAGCGGGGGGCAGGGAUGUAACAACCACAUUGCCUUUUUUGCCCAACGAUUGGUGUGCGGGCGAUGAAUCAGCUCUCCCGCGACAUGUGGCGUCCCGAAUCGGCUUCCAACCCGAAACCCGGUUUGAUGAUGAUUGCACGGCAUGCAAUGCGCCGUGUAGUCCCAGCGACCCCGUGGCUUUUGUUUCAAGCGGGUUGCCCUCGAGGCAGCGAUUGCGCGCGACCGGAAAACCACUUGCGGACGGGAUGGGCGAAGGACUGGACAGCUUCCCUUCUUGGACUUGCACACCGUGUUCUCGUCGCCGGACGAUCGCAUCGGGAGUUGGAAGACACACUACCGCACGCUAGCAGGGAAGCGGGGCAAGGCAGCAACAGGGGUCUGCAUGCCUGGACGAGUAAGAA